AGGAACAAUACAUGUUUGUCUGUUGAUAAAGUAAUCUGUUGCAGUCCGUAUCGAAUUGGCGGUGAUGUUGGUGGUGCAUUUUCGCUUGGAUUGGCUGGUGGAUCGGUAUUCCAUGCUCACAGCGGCUUCAGGAAUUCCCCCUGGGGCCACAAACUCGUCGGUAUCCUACGUGAGGUACGCACGAGGUCACCAGUGGUUGGUGGUCAGUUUGCUGCUUGGGGUGGCUUAUUUAGCGCUAUCGACUGCAGCCUUGUAGCUAUCAGAAACAAGGUUUGUUGCUCUUUAAAUUAUGCAUGA